AUGGCCUACCAUUCGCCGUCGAAAGCCCAGUUUUGGACUACCUUGCCACCGGCUUUGGAACCUGGUGGUCGUGCUCUUGCCCAUUCACCCUCGCAGUCUCACUUACAGCCAAGCGUGCGUGCACAGUUGGGUCCUUGGGCACAGUGGGGUCAUACUUCGGCUUCUUUGAAUGGUUUGGAAAAUAUGAAGCGCCCCAGAUUAACGCACAGCGUUACGACGAGUGAAAGAUAUCACUUCAAUAAAGAUCCGUUGCCGGCAAUUCCUGGUGUGCUGGCGAGGAAGCUAACGAGGGGUAGUAGGAGGCUUGAUGGGAGGUUGAAUGAAUAUGGAGAUCCUGUUCCGAGGCCUUGUAUGGAUAUUUCUGGGUCGAAGAGUUACGAUGAUGAUACGUCUCAUGGAAAAGAAACGAUUCAUAAAAUGGAAAGGACUCAGUCUUCGCCUGAAGCUAGGACUUUACCUCCGCCUCCUGAUCCGCCCAUGACGAAAUCGGCAACGAAGGUUAUGCAGAGAACGGAUUAUGAUCCUACUAUGGAGAUAAGAGAGGGGAAGAGUCCACAGUCAUCGUUAGAUAUAGUUACAGAUAGAUGUGACGAUUCUGAUAGCGAUUAUAGUCAGGAAGAUGGCAUGGAUUCACCUUUAGAUCAACAGGGCCAUGUCGUUGCUUCUGUUCCUGUUUCCCCGAUGCAGAAGGAUGAGAUAACUUUCCACUCUCCCAAAAAUACCUCUAGUCAUGCAUCAAGUCCAGCCACCUCGACACCAAAUUCACUAGUAAUAUCACCGGAAUAUAAAGAACGAGUAUCAAUGUUUAUGCAAGGCCAUUCAAAAGUACCAAGUAAUAAUCAAGAUUCACCCCGCGCCUCAAAUCUUGAGGAUUUGAUAGAUCGCGAAAGAAUGAAAUACGAACAUCAAAUUCAUCGUGAGUAUCCAUUAAGACAUGGUCCUCAUAACGAUGAUAUCGCACUCAUGCCACCGCCGCUAGCAUUACCCCCAAAGCAAAGUCGACAAAGCUAUUUCAGCGAAAGCCCAGAAGAUUGGGAACCACGAACCCCUGUUACUCCAUUCUUGGGCAACGGACAGCAGCAGAGCAUGCAUGUAUCCUCUACCGUCUCAUUUACAUCAUCUACGGCGGCACGAAACACAACAUCGACAGAAGCGAGUAACCCUCGAAGGAAAGAUUUUUCAAGUGGUAAACACCCUAUGAAAAGUCCCUUUCCAUUUCUCCCAAUUCACAAAACACCAGACUCUUCAAAAGCGACAGGAUUAGCGGGGUCAUUGGGUGGGAAGUUCUCGGGUGCCUUCAAACGACUAUCCGGUGGUACGAAAACAGUGCCGAUUGAGAGAAAUGUGGUGAUUCCGAAUUCUAGGAGAAGUGCGACAGGUCCCGAUACACCAAUGCCGAAAAAAUCAGGGUUUAUGGGGAUCAAAGGAGCGCCGGAUGUGAUACAGAAGGGUAAUGAACAUCUUCAUGAUGUGGUAGAGAAGGUAAAAUUGAAGGUUAAUAAGAAAGAGAGGAGGAGGAGGGAAUUGAAGAAACAAAUUAUGGUUGUAGGGGUUAUGGAUCAAACUCCAGAUGGGAGGGCAUCUGAAUGGCUUUGA